CGUCAUUUGACACGAAGGACCCAAACAAACUGCUGUACAGCUAACGUAACAGGCUAUGCUAAAGCAGAGCCCAGGCUGAUAGCCCACUGGAAGAGGCUCAUACAGGAACGUAAUUACAGCUGAGUUUCUUUCAGCACUGGGAUAUUCUUGGGGAUGCCGAAGAAGUUCCAGGGCGAGAACUCCAAGUCGGUCACUGCGCGGGCCCGUAAAGCAGAGGCCAAGGCCGUUGAAGAUGCACGCAGGCAGAAGGAGCUUGAGGAUGCGUUAUGGGAAGACAACGACAAACAUGUGAUGAAGAAACAACAACGCUCGGAGGACAAGGAGAAGAAACGGCUGGAGGCCCUGGAGAGGAAGAAGGAGAACCAGAGGCUUCUGGAUGAGGAGGACGUCAAGACGAGGGGCAAAGCUGCCAGGGAGGAAGCUGCAGCUGCAGCUGGAAAAUUGACACGGGCUCAGAUUGAGGACAGCCUGCGCAAGGAUCAAGAGCCGAAGCCACCAGAGGCCGUAGAGAAAGAGAAGAGUCACCUUGAGACGCCCUUGGAGGAGAAUGUGAACCGGAUCAUCCCAGAAGAGGGCUCUGUCGAGGCUAGAACCAUCGAGGAUGCCAUUUCUGUGCUCAGCACUAAGGAGGAGAUGGACCGCCACCCAGAGCGGAGGAUGAAGGCAGCCUUUGCCGCCUAUGAGGAGGCCAACAUGUCCCGCCUUAAGAUGGAGAAUCCCAACAUGCGUCUGUCGCAGCUCAAACAGAUGCUCAAGAAAGAGUGGACCAAGUCCCCCGAGAAUCCUCUCAACCAGCGCUUCUCUACCUACAACACCAAGUGAACUACCAACCAACCAAUCAUCCAACCUACCAAUCAGGAAACAGUGGCAAAAAUGAUGACUUAACAAGUACUAUUUAACUAUGCACACAACAUCUAAAAAUGAAAUCAUCCCAAUUGACUGUAUUAUUAAAAUUCCCGUAGAUUUCUAAAAGAGGUUGCAUGUUCACUGAGGUUUCAUCUGAUACAAGUAAACUGAUCACAUAUCUCUACACCAUCCACCCCAUGGCAAUCAGGUCAGCAUGAGCCAUUAUUUACAUACACUCUCUCUUUCGCUCUCAUUAAAAUCAGCAGAUAUCCCUGUAGUGUGUAGGAAUAGAUACCUAAAUUACUUUUGACUAACUUGUGUCAUAUUGGUAUCCAGUGGAAAUGCAGAGAAACAUGGCAGAGAGAGAAAGAGAGAGAAGCAAGACAGGUGAAGGAUCUUAUCUAUUCUUACAUGACACACACAGUACAUACUAUACACUUCACUGUCUUUGAGGAAGCGCUGACUCGGGAUCAUCACGCAUGUCCAUAUCACUUGUUCUACUUCACACAAGGAAGGAUAUGGAUGUUCUGCUGCCUAACAACCUCCUCCUUUGGAGAUGCCCGUCAUGGUUGUCAAAACAAUAAAGCCCUCCCCCCCCUCCCCUCCUCUGCAGGUUCUCUCUCACCACUUUGUGGGACUCCCCACUCUAUCCAUAACAUUCUCCCUGCAGUAUUUCACAGUCAUGAGGGACUUGUAAAUAUUGCAGGGGCUUGUGUAACGCUUGUGUUGCAUUUGGCCACUUUGGACACACACACACACAAAAAAAUAAAAAAAUAAAGGAAGAAAAAAAAGACAUGAAAGGAAAUUGAUGACCUUUUUCCAUCUCGUUGGGUUGAUGUGGGAGAGAGUUUCCAUUCAGCGAGCUUUACAAGCCUGCGGUCGGCAGGUCUGCCAUAUGCUGGCGUUAGUCGUGCGCACCACCCGGCGAGAUCCAUUUGUUGGGGCAUCUGGAGAGCGGCGCUGCUGCCAGCACUCUGCACAAGGCUCCCCCUCAUCAUCCAUGUGCAUCACUCGCUUCAGGUACUCCACUCCCGCCAGAGCCAAUCAAAAUAUAGAAACAAAGAGGAAAAAAAAGCAUUAAACUGCAUUAAAAAGAUGAUAAAAUUAGCGAUUAAGGUAAAAAAAUAAAAAAGGAUAACACCCUGUAAAAAAAAUAUGCUUAAAAAGGUAGGUUUUUUGUGUGUGAAUUGAUUUGCCACAUUCUCCAAUUUUUUUGUGUUUGCUCUUAAAAUGGCUUGAUGGACGGUGAAUAACUAAAUGACCUCAACAUGGCACCUGUAUCAAAUGUGCUUUAAGGACAUCAGGGUCUGUGAAAAGGAAAAGAGAAUGGGGUGGUGGGUAAAAAACCUCCCACCUUGUCACUCCACUUCCCCCACCACUAACUGUCCUCUUCUUUUUAAUUAAGCCGCCAAAUCAAUAAUGCCCUUCAGUUGGGGCUCAAAUGGAAGGGGUCCCUUUUGAGGAAUAGAUGGCCCGUGGAUAGAGAUCAAUGCCAUCGUGACGGGAACCUCUCCUCCCUCUUGGCCUGCUCUACAUUACUGCAGGACCGUACCACUACAUCUCCAGCUCAGAACAUCAUCCACACAACAACCAAACAAGGGCAUUUCACCAUGUCGUUAUUUUUUUUCCUUCCAUCUUCCUUGCUGGGAUGUGUGUCGAUGGCAAACUAUUUUUUCUUUCUCUUUUUUUUUUCAUGGAAGGGGCAAGAGGAGGGGAAGGGUGGUCAGGGUGCCAUCUACUGAGUAAUAGCUGCAAAAAAAGGGAAGCGUUUAUUCGGAGGAUUUGCAUGUGGUUCUGGCAUGUAAAUGCCUCGUUCCCUUUGAUCACUGCCAGAGUGUCCGUUAGUUUGAGAUGCCUUCAGACUGUGGCUGAAGCACAUCCAAAAAGCAGGAAUAAGGAAUAUUCAUCGUGAUGUUUUAGUUCAGGAAUGCCUUAAUUUAUUUACCAUGCAGUGAUUUAAUCCAUGGACUCACACAAUACAUAUUGAUGGAGUUGAACAUUCAUAGAGUUUGGUGAUUUUUAUUUAACACAUUCUGAGUCCGUAAUGAAGCUGACUUUAAAGGACAACUAAGGCAGCGUCUUGUCAAGACUUGAAUACCUGCUGCCUUACGUUGACUGCAUCUCUUGGAAGCACCAAUAAAGUUGAAACCGGUAUCAUCUCA